UGAAAAGGACCUAAGCUGGAGGGCGAGAGCAUCCCCGCGCUCAUUCCUGUCUCCCCUAGCAACCGCGGUCGUCUCCAAGGCAACGGCUUGGCCAGAGGACCAGGAAGCCGGCUCGGGAUUCCCGCGGGUUCUCGCGAGACGAAGGCCGAGCGCCUGGGGCUACCAUGCUAAACCCGGGAAGGCGCCCUCCUCCGCCAUGUGCAAAUCCAGCAAGAGUUCCCACGUGCUUCCCAUCACCACCACGGUGGGGGUUGCCCGGGUCCUGCCCAGCGGGAAGUUCUACCGGCAGAUCUUCGAGGACGAGAUCAACCUGGUGCACGCUCUGGGGCGGGCUAGGAGCAAGAUCACCCAGCACAAAGUCCUUCCAGGAAAAAUCCCCUUGGUGAGAAAUUUGGAAAGAAGAACCAGCUAUGGAUUCUUGUCCAAACGCCAACAGAUGUGGAUCGAGGCGAUGCCCAACGAUCAGCUCACUGAAAAUCCUGUGCAAUACAAGGAGGCUGUGACGCGGGCAAAUGUGAAGGCUAAAGAAAGCGAGAGUGUGAUUGCCGCGAGGGAAGUCAGAGGCCUUGCCGAUGUCAUCGUUCCAGAGAAAAGAACCAGCAAUAUCGUGGAGCGUAUCUACGAGAACAAAAAGUUGUGUUACGAAGAAAUUGUGGCCCAGUUCCGGCAGGAACUAGCCUGCAUCGGAAAGGAAAUGGAAGAAUGUUAUAUGAAGCCUGGGAAAUUAUUGUUGACUCAGUUGCAAGAAUCUGAUCAGGCUUUUGAAUCCUAUUUUCGCGCCUCUGAAAAUGAUGUCACUUUAAUCUCCUACACCAUUGAGGACUUUGAGAAAAUGUGGGCCUUUCUCUUCCAAGAGACCCAGCAAAGAAGGCAGUGGAUUCGAGAACUAGAUGAAGCUUUACGCCAGGCUGAAGUGCACCGAGCAGAACAGAUCACAGUUGCCUUGAGCAAAUACACCAAGAUGCUAGACGACACUGCCUAUCGCUUAACCUCAGAUGUCCACAGAUUUGUACACAAGGAAGCCAUGAUGAUCAACCAAGCUCUCCUGGCCAAUCGGAGGGCGAUCUCUAAGUUGUUCCUGAAUCUGAUGGAGGCCGACCUCAAGAGGGAUUCCUCCUAUCGCUAUCAGCUGGAAGAGAGGAAGGAGAUCUGGAAAGCCGUGCAGAAGAAACACAUCAUUUCCAGUUUCCGAGAGUUUAUGGAGAGUGAAAGAAUACAGAACCCAAGUUCAGUGAACGUAGAAGUGGAGAGCAUGCUAGACGAUCAGCAAUCUCUGGCCCAAAAAAGAAACAAGCAUUUAUUCUCCCUGGGCUCUUUGUUGCCUUUGAAGCAUACCAAGGCCGAAAUCAACGAAUGGUAUGAGGCCCUGGUGGAAUUAAAUAAGCGGAUAGACACUCACAAUGUCCAGUCCAUGAUGAGAAUUCGCCUCCAGUAUGAGAAGGUUUGUCAGGAAUGCUUGGAGAAACUCCAGGAAUCCAAGCAAAAUCUGAUAGACAUGAAGAUUUGUACCCCCAAAGAGGCUGAGAAGAUUGUAAGCCCCAAUUUCUAUCAGUUAAUCGGGAAGCUGCAGGUUCAAUUUGAAGUCAAGCUAGAUAAGAUGGACGCUGAACUGGAGCACCUGGCUAAAAACAGCGAAAUCAACUGCAGGCACCUCUAUCAGUACUUCCAAGAUGUCCUGGCCAUCUUUGAUUUCCACCAGAAGAAACUCACCCAACAGGACAACGAUCUUCAGAAAGCUUUAAAUGAUUGUCGUUGCAAGCACGAAAAUAUGAACAAGCUAAGGGAAAUGAAUCUGGACAUAGCAGUGGACAAACUCAGGAUGCAAAGCACCGAUGAAAAACUCAAAGCCUACCUCGAGAAGGUUUACGCUGCCUUGGACAUCAUUCGCAAUGGGUACACCGCCUUCCAUCAAGACCUGCUGUCUAAAGUGAUGGCUUACCCACGCCACGUUCGGCACGCGCUUCUUUCCUACAGCGCCACCCUCAGUCGGUAUUUUUACGUCCUGGGCAGCUACAAAGGGACCUUAAAGAAAUCGGGAGGCUCAGCUGAAGGACGAAGGGAAGGAGGAGAAAUAACAGAGGAGACCAAAGAGGUCGAAGAAAUAGAAGAGGCCGUGGAGAUUCUGCUGGAGAAAGAGAGCGAGGAAGGGCUGCCUCUGGAGGAGAGGGAUGGGGAAGGAACGGAUCGUACCGAAGCGGAGGAUGCGGACCAGGAGGAUGAGGAGGAAGGGGAAGAACUGGAGACCCCCGGCCGCCGGAGUGGCAGGAACAGCGUCGGUGGAGAUGACGUGGAAAGAUCAGGGGAAGGGAACGCCUUGGGGCCCAAGGCUCAAGACGCCACUAAGCCAGAUCUGACCAAGGAUUCGGGCAAGGAGUCCAAGCGAAAGGAUGUGAUUGUAGAAUUCUUCACCACGUCCAGCGGAAACACCUACAAAGUGGUGGAGUACUUGAAAAAGUCCAAGCUCCGGAAAUCAGAGAAAUAUUACCCGGGAAAACUGAAAAGCAGUUCCAUGCCUUCCUACUUGGAGCAGGUGUACCUGUCAGAGGCUUUCUUUAGAGAUAUCAGAAAACAUAUCCGACUCCAGUUCUUCGAGCAUCUGGAGAAGUGGUUUGACGACACCUUAUCCAGCACCUGGGUUGUGGUGGUGGCCAAGAAGGAAGAGCUCAACUCCGAACUGCAGCUGCGCCUCCAUCUUCACGAACCCCGGAGGGAACGCAUCGAGAAGGACAUUUACAAUGUCAGGAUGGCGGAGCUACGGAUUCACAGCGACCGCUUGAAGCGUCACUGCGCCGGCUUGAUCGAGGCGCUGAAUAAGGAGAGGGGCGCCUUCCUCAAGAUCCGAGAAGACCACAACGCCGUCAGCAAAUCCUUCCGCAACCGGAUCCAAGACAUGGAGAAAGUCUUCCAGAUAGAGAGCCGGGCAGAAAAGGUGAUGGCCCUCAGCCGUAACCUCCAUAUGGAGUUGCUGAACCAUGUGGAAGUGCUCCAGGUCUCGAUGAGGAGUUACAGACAGUAUCUGGAGGAAGCUUUGGGGAAACUGCGGGAGUCUAACACAGACUUCCUGAAAGCCUGCAGACUCUUCGCAGAUGGUGGGAACUUUUCGCCCGAGGAGCUAGAGAUCUUCAUGAAGCAGCUGCAGAAGGAGAACUCGCGCAUAGAAUUUGUCGAAGGCUUGAUCAUGAUUGAUAUGGAGAAAGCAGAGACCGGCUAUCUGGAGCAGGCUACAGAAAUUAUCAGCAAGUUUGAGAACAGGUUUCGUUACCUGGCUAUGGAUCGAGUCUUCCUGGAGAAAAUCCAACGGUUUCUGACCAAUAUUCAAGUGAAAAUCAAGACAGAGGUGGCCAAAUCCAACUGGCAGACCCAAACGUUGAAUAACUACUUGGAGAAGCUCGUCCAGAGGAUCGAUGCCUGUGCCCACCCUAACGUGGACAAGGAAAGCAUGACUCCGGAAAGACUUUACGAGUUUACCAAGUUUGUCAUGGAAGAACUGAAGAAGAGGUGUAAAUAUCUCAACUGCCAACUCCGGAUCCAGGAACCGGAGAUCACUUCCCUGCCCGCCGUCUUCGCUCAAGACUCCCUCAUAAGCUCCACCCGGUCGGAGAUGUCACUCCCGGAGGGCAAGGCCACCGUCAUGGGCAUGGAGUACACGCCCGUCCUGAACCCGAGCAGGAUGGGGAAGCCGGCCUUCGAUGACGCCUCCUUCUACCUGAUCCGAAACCUCACCGGGCACGUGCGUGGAAAAAGGAUGAUGGAUGCCCAGCACGAAAAGGACGUCGCGGGAGUGCCUGGAACAGACCGAGGAGAAUUUCCCAACCAAGCUUUCCCGCCCUUGUUCACUGGAGGCGGUCAUCGCGAAAGCCUUUCCUUGGGAGCAGCCUAUCUCCUGGCCAAGAAAUCUAGUUCCAUUACUAAAGUUUCCGGAAGCGGGAACUCCAUCCAAAAAUACACCAGACUUACUAAAGCCGACAGGAAGUUGCUGAUUUUCGGAGGCCAGCCAAAAGAGACCGAUUCGGAUUACUUUACCGGAAUCAUCUUCAGUAUCCUGUGGGACAAUUUUGAUAACAUCAUGAACGUUGCUGAGGAAUUCUACAAAAAGGACAAGCAUCAGAUUACGAAACCGGACUGUCUCCAAGAAACCUACGACCUGUGCAUUGAUGCUUUGGGUCAGAAGAUGCUGACCUAUCUCUUCCAGUCCGACGAGUAUCACAUUGCUUGCAUCUCUGAGUUCCGGGUCCAGCUGAAGACUUUUGAGGAAGAGCUUCCUCAUGUCAUCCGUCUGGCCAUCGGCAAAAUCCUAAAGGAUCACGAACAGUUCCUUGCCGAGUCCACGGAACAGAUCCGGGGGCACCUGCAGGACCAGCUGAAAAAAUGGACUGCUAUAAAAGACAAAAACAUGGCCAAAUUGCACACCAGUUUGGGACACCCGGACAAUAUCCCGGUCCUGGAAGCCUUGUGCCAAGAGGAAGAGAAAAGGCAAGAAGAGCAAGUGCAGAGUAUCCUGGUCUGCACCAAGAGGCUGGAGGUGUGCGUCACAGAGUGCGCCCAAAAGUUUGUCUCUACCUUGGCCACUUGCACCGAGACCAUCCUGAUGGAGCUGGACAACAGCCUCACCAUUGACGAUGUCCAAGUAGGAAAAACGGAAAAAGUCCGAGAGAGAACCAUCACCCUGAUCCGUCGUAAGAAAGCCGGUCUAUCCUUAGAAGUGGAAGAACGGAAACUGGUGGCCGAGCGGGGUAGCAGAACCUGGCCUGGCAUCCCACAAACGACCAUCCCGAGUCUGCCGAAUCAGAUCAUCUUUCGAGAAACGGCCUCCGUGACCACCGGCAAAACCACACUGGGCCACGUCGCUGCGGUGGAAGAGAGAGACGCCGUUUACCAAAAAUUCAAGGAAACGCUCCAGAUGGAGUUUGCCAGGAUCAAAGAGGAAAACUCCGCUCACCUUAUGAAAACCCAACACUGGGCCCAUUGGUGGAAGAAGUCCGUGCAGAAAAUCAAACAGCUCUACUUGUGAACCAGUUUUAAUCUCCCUUUCCUUCCCCUCUUCCCCCCUCUUCUCCUCGUUUGUUGUGAUAUAGACGUAUAAUUUACAGCUGUAGGAAAAGAUAAAUGUUAGUCUGGAAAAAAUAAAUUAAAAAAAAAACCGCUGCUAUUUUUGCAUAUCUUGGCAUUUUCUGAAAGAAUGGAUGAUCAGCGUUUCUCAAACUUACCGAUUUUAAGGCCUGUGGAUUUCAACUCCCAGAAUUCCCCUGCCGGCAUCUAGUUACCAAUAAACGGUAAUUAUGACACUAUCCUAUUCUGUAUUUUCUAAGUACAGGUAGUCCUUGACGUACGACCCAAAAUUGAGCCCAAAAUUUCUGCUGCUAAGUGGGGCAGUUGUUAAAUGAGUUUCACCCCAUUUUACGAUCUUUCUUAUCACGGCGGUUAAAGGGAAUCAUUGCAGUUAAGUUAGUAACACGAUUCAGUGAAUUU